UACAAUCGUGGUUCCGCCAAGUGUUAUUAAUUAAAUACGACCCAAAACAGCCGCAACGGCGGAAUUUUCGUGUUUUACCCAUAGGAACUGGGGAAAUCCACCUUUUGCGCGGAUCCUAAACAAACCCUGUCCUAAGUAAAAACACAACUGUAUGCGUUAUCAAAUGUUUGAGGUUAAGUGUAAUUAUGUUCGUCAAUGGCAAUGCGUUUACUGUAGUAUAAAAUCUAGUUCUAAAAUCUAUCAACCAUAGGAUAUAUAUACAUAGAUGAAGAAACGAACGAUACUCCAAACCGGUACUUUAAAUUGACAAUGACAACACCGUGCCACACGACAGAUAAUAAACAAGAUAUAUGGAGUAUUUCGGGAACUCAUAACAGGAAUGACAAUAUGGUACCACCGCCGCCAUCAAUUUUGGAAUACAACGCUAGGAUGUCGAGACAUCGCAAAAGCAUUUUCGAUAAUGCAGCCCCCACACAGGAUUGCGUAAUUUCAGGACGCGGCAGAGGUAGAAGGAAUAUUUACAUUAUUUCUGAGCAGACUCCCCAUUCUAAUAGUGUUUACAAUGAGGACAUCAUUACGAAAAUCAGAGAGACGUCUGGUUAUGGGUACUCCAAUGAUGUAAUAGUGCAAGUGGCAAAAUCAGAACAAACCCGCCUUCUGAAUGAAAAAUCGAACUAUCUAGUGAAUCCAUCAAUUAAAUUAAGACCCGCUGCCAGCAGAAAUAGUCCAAACUCCUCAAACAGAUUCACCUCUAGUUCACUGACUUCGUCAAAAAAGCAUAACUCAAAACAGAUUAUUGAUGAAAAAAGUACUGAAGGGACGACUUUGCCAUUGAGUAUAUUGAGAAAAAAUGCCAAACAAGAACACAGACAGAAAAUUGUGUAUCCGCGACCGAAAAAUGUGGUAACGAGUUCUAAUACUGAAUCAAAAUCGGUACCAAAGCAAAAUGAAACCAUCCCACAGGAUAAGAAAGAAGAAACCCAGUGGCUUAGUGGAUGGGGAAGUACUCCAAGACCAGUAUCCUAGUGACUUGAGCUACCUAUUUGCAGAUGAAUACUAAUGGUACAUGUUUAACGUAUACGUACGUGUAUUUCAUUCAUUUUUUAUUUGAUUAGGUCGUAUAUUUUUACUUAAUUAUAACUGAGAAUUCUCACCAGUUAAAGCGACCUAGACAAUAUUUUUAUAAAUAAAUGAAUUUUUUACAUAAAUUA